ACAAAUGUCAUAUUCUAGCGAUAAAUUGAGAGGUCCUUGUGCCUCUUAUCUGCAAAAUUAAUAACAUUUUAUUCUUAAGACGAUGUUACAGAAAUCUCAUCCAGCUACAUAGUGUUAUUUUAGCUAUAGGCUAAGAAAUUUAUGCUAAGUUGGAACUGUGUGUGUUGGGGUGUGGGCACGGUGAUGGCGGCGCGGUGAUGGCGGACGAGGCGGGCGCCGACGUCGGCCAGAGCGACGCCGUGCUGCUGGCGCCGCUCACCGAGGACUCGUUCUUGCACAACCUGCACGUGCGUUACAAGCGGGACAUCAUCUAUACGUACGUGGGUAACGCGCUAGUGUCGGUGAAUCCGUGCCGCGCGCUGCCGCAGUACUCCGCCGAGCUGGUGCGCGCCUACCUCGCGCGCCCGCCCUACCAGCUGCCGCCGCACCUAUACGCGAUAACGGCAACCGCGUACCGCUGGGUGCGCGACCGCAACGAGAGCCAGUGCAUCGUGAUCACGGGCGAGAGCGGCGCGGGCAAGACGGAGGCGGCGCGCGUGUGCCUGCAGUGCGCGGUGGUGGCGGGCGCGGCGGCGGCGGCCGACAGCGGCGCCGCGCUGGCCGCCGCCGGCACGCUGCUCGAGGCCUUCGGCAACGCCGCCACGGCCAGGAAUCAUAACGCCAGUCGUUUUGGCAAGCUGCUGGACAUCGAGUUCGAUUUCAAGGGCGAGCCGGUGGGCGGACACAUAACGCACUACUUAUUGGAAAAGGAGCGAGCGAGUGGAGCAUUAGAGGGAGAGCGCAACUUCCAUGUGUUAUACCAGCUGCUGGCGGGGGCCGAGCCACAUUUGCUGAAGCGACUGAAACUCCAGCGCUCGUGGGAGCACUACGCGGUGCUGCGGGGCUGCGGCGCCGCGCCCGCGCCGGCGCCCUGCUCGCCGCGCCGCACGCCGCCCCCGCCGCCCCUGCCGCCCCCGCCCGGCGUCCGAGAGCACGCCGACAAGGACCACUUCCAGUUCACCAAGGCGGCGAUGGCGAGACUUGGGCUGAGCGCCAGCGAGUGCGGCGGCGUCCUACGUCUCCUGGCCUUCUUGUUGAAGCUGGGCAACGUGCAGUUCGAGCCCACCACCACCAUCGACGGGGCGCUCGCCACCCGCCUCCACCACGAGUACGAGUUGCGCGAGGCGUGCGCGCUGGUGGGCGUGGAGGCGGGCGCGCUGGCCGCCGCGCUGGGGGCUCCGCCGCCGGACGAGCCCGCCGACCACUCGCCCGAAUGCGAAACGGGCGAGGAGGAGAGCUCGAGCGCGAGCGGGUCGGGCUGCGCGCGCGGGCCGGGCCUGUGCUCGGGCUGCGGGGCCUGCGGCGGCGCCGCGGAGUGGGCGCGGGCGCGCCGCGACCGCCUGCUGCAGGCGCUGUACGCGCGGCUGUUUGCCUGGCUGCUGGCCCGGGUCAACGAGGCCAUCAAGCCCGCGGAGCCGGGCAAGCGUCGCUCCCUCGGCAUCCUCGACGUGUACGGCUUCGAGGCGCUCGCGCAGAACGGGCUCGAGCGCCUCCUCAUCAACUACGCGGCCGAGCGCCUCCAGGCGGCCGUCACCGGCGCCACCCUCAGGAGGGAGCAGGAGGAGUACGCGCGCGAGCAGCUCGCCUGGACGCCGCUGCCCUACCGCGACCACGAGCAGCACGCCGACCUGCUGGACGCGGGCCCGGACAGCGUGCUGGGCUGCCUGCGCGAGGCCGGCGCCGGCGACGCGGGCUUCAUGGCGCGCCUGCAGCGGCGGCGCCACCCGCACCUGCGGGUACUGCCGCCCGACCACUUCCAAGUGACCCACUUCGCGGGCCCCGUGGUGUACAGCGCGCGCGGCAUCGUGAGCAAGAACCGCGACGUGGUGUGCCGCCGCUGCUGCGCCGCGCUGGCGGCCGCGCGCGAGCCGCUGCUGGCGGCGCUGUUCCCGCCGGCGCCGCCACAGGCCGCCCCGAGAGGUUCCCCUCGUCGGCCGGCGGCGCUGGCGUGCCGGCAGCGGGCGCUGGUGGGCGCGCUGCUGCGGCGGCUGCCGGCGGCGCCGCGCCUGGUGCGCUGUCUGCGCGCCGACCCCGCGCUGCGCCCGCACCGGGUCGACACGGCGCUGCUGCGGCACCAGCUGCGGACCCAGGGCAUCAUGGACAUGGCGCUGCUGCGGCGCGCGGGCUGGUGCGAGUCGUGGUGCGCGCGCGGCGUGCUGGCGCGCUACGGGCUGCUGCGCCCGCGCAGGUGCCAGCAGCCCGACCAGCUCCACCACGACCAGCUCCACCACGACCAGCACCACCACGACCAGCACGCCGACCCCGUGCGCGCGGCCCGGGCGCUGCUGCGCGCGCUGCCCAUCCCCAGCGCGGAGUUCGCCUACGGGAGGACCAAGGUUUUCAUCCGGAGCCCAAGGACGGUCUGGGAGCUGGAAGCGCUACGGUCGGCGAGAGUAGAGGAGCUGAUCCGAGCGGCGCAGGCGGCGUGGCGGAGGCACCGGCAGCGGCGGCGUGCGCGCGCGCAGCGCGUCAUCGCGCGAGCGUGGCGCGCCCGCCGCGCGGCGCACCCGCAGCCCCGCCGGCCCGGCCUGCCCGUGCCCAGGGUCACGGGGGAAGAUUUCCCUCCAAUUGUUGUCUCAGGCGCCGCAGGGGCGGUGUGUUCGCGCGCCGCCGCCGCGGGCGUCGUGUGGCGCUGGUGGAGCACUUUGGCGCGGCGCCAGUACCUGCGCGGGCUGUGGCGGCGGCUGCCGGCGCGCCACCGCAGCCCGCUGUGCGCCGCCUGGCCCGCGCCGCCGCGCCCGGCGCUGCUCGCCCGCACCGACGCGCUGCUGAGGAGGCUGCACCACCGGUGGCGGUGCCAAGUCUACCGCCAGGCCUUCGAUCAGACGGCCAGGAACAGGAUGCGGGAGAAGGUUACGGCGUCGGUGCUGUUCAAGGAGCGCAAGGCGCGCUACGGCGCGUCGGUGGCGCACCCGUUCGUGGGCGACUACGUGCGCCUGCGCGCGUCGGGCGCCUGGCGCCGCGGCGCCGCCGCCAACACGCCGCACGACCGCUACGUCGUGUUCGCCGACGUCGUGGGCAAGGUGGCGCGUUCGUCAGGGCGCGUAGCUCGCUGCCUGGCCGUCCUGAGCACGGCGGCGCUGCUCCUGCUGGACGCGCGCUCGCUGCGCGUGAAGCGGCGCGUCCCGGCGCACGCCGUGUACCGGCUCUCGCUGUCGCCGCACGCCGACGACCUGCUGGUGGUGCACGUGCGCGCGGGCGAGGGCGCGUGGCGGCGGCGCGGCGACCUGGUGCUGCGGACCUGCCACGUGCUGGAGCUGGCCACCAAGCUGUUCCUCGUCGUGCAGAACGCCGUCGGCCAGACGCCGCACGUCAACAUCGCCUCCGAAUUCGAGGCGAACUUCGGUCAGCAGAUCGUGACGAUCUCGUUCCACCUGCUGGGCGGCGAGGGCGGCGCGCGGCUCGUGCGGCGCGGCAGCCGCAUGGACGUGCUGCUCUGAUGGA